UGCAGACGUAUAACUCAGUUUACUUCAAAAUCUUGAUCUGGGUAACACGUUAGGGAAUCGGAAGAACUCGAAACAUAUUUACUCGAUUCCUGUUGAUCUUUCUUACUCCAUUAAUUUGGAUAACGUAAGACAAGAAGUAGAAGAAAUUAGAGGCUGUUUUCUUUUAUUGGCAAAGGAGAAGUGACAAAGGAUGGACACACACAUUAGAAAUGGGAAUGACAGUAUUAAUACUGCAUCGACAGAAGCAUACAUGCCUACGUCAGAGACAUCCUUUACAGUCGAGGAAGAGGAUGCGUUUGUGACGUUGAUAGUUGUUGUGUUCGGCAUCAUCGUUGCCAUGGUGGUACUGUUCUCGAUGGGUAUCUUCAUAGAUUGCAGACAUCAGGAGAAAGAUUCUAUGAAAAGAAAAAAACUGAGACUAAAAAUGCUGCCGUUUGCACGAAGAGGCCGAAAAGAUGACAUGAAAACCUUAGCUUCAAAUAUGUAUCCCAAUGGUGUUAUUGGAUCCAAGGAGAGGGAUGAUAUAGUUUGA